AUGGCGACGAUAAUUGAGUUGGUCCCAAAAGAGUACGGGUUUGUGGCGAUUGUUCUUGUAAUAUACUGUCUCCUGAACUUGUACAUGGCUGCACAAGUGGCCAUUGUUCGCAAGAGGUACAAGGUUCCUUAUCCCACUCUUUAUGCUUCUGAAUCCCAAAACAAAUAUGCCAAACUCUUUAACUGCAUUCAGAGAGGGCACCAAAACUCUUUAGAAACAAUGGCAGUAUUCUUCAUGCUAAUGAUUUUGGGAGGGCUCAAGCACCCUUCAAUUUGUGGUGUUCUUGGAGUGCUUUAUAUAAUUGCUGGUUAUUUCUACUUCAAAGGCUAUGCCACCGGUGAUCCCAACAACCGUCAUAAGAGCAGGCCUUUGCGAGGAUUCAUCGCGAGUGGAGAAGUCAGUUCCGCAGUUUGCACUGUUGACGACGUUCCUCCGCAAUUUGUGUUCUGCCGCUCUCGCUGCGCUGCCGCCGCCGCCGCUACCGCUGCCGUUCCUCCAUUCCUCUGCUUCGUGCCUUUGCCGCCGUCCCUCACUCUUCCAAAUGUUGGUUUUGGGAAAGAGGCUCACAAGCAACCCUUUAAUAAUGUAUUGUAUAAUUGUAUGAGAAUUGCUUAA